AUGAUGACUUUUUGCACAAACACAGAUGAUAAGUCCCUGGAAAUAUUCUCAAUUAUUUGGCUAGAUGCAAAUGUAUACGUUAAAGACACUCGAAAGACAGAAGUAAAAUUACGUUCCAUUAUUAACCAUAUCAAGAAAUUUCAAGAUAUAAAACAAUGUCAACAAUAUAUUGAACAAACAUCACAAAAAGAUCGAUUGAUACUUAUUGUUAGUGGACGAUUAGGACAAGAAAUAGUACCCUACAUUCAUCAACUUCGACAAGUUAUAUCAAUUUAUGUUUAUUGUAUGGAUAAGAACAGUAAUGAACAAUGGGCUUACAAAUUUUCAAAAAUAAAAUCAGUUGUUGUUGAUCUUGAUGAACUUGUCUCUCAAAUUACAACAGAUCAUAAAAUUCAGAAAAAGGUAGAGGAACCAUUAUCAAUCAAUAUUUUCACAACAAAUGUUGGUGCAGGAAAAUCAACAACAGGAGUUAAUGGAGAAUUUGUUUUUUUUCAAAUCCUUAUAGAUUGUCUUCUACGAUUGAAAUCAACUGAAAUAGACAAAAAUGAACUUAUCAGCCUUUGUGAGAAAGAGUAUGAAGGAAAUUAUAUCGAACUAAAUAAUCUUCGUGAAUUUGAAAAAGACUAUUCACCUAAUAAAGUGUUAUUGUGGUAUACAAAAGAAACAUUUUUUUAUAAAACUCUUAAUGCAGCUUUACGAACACAAAACAUUCAUUUGAUAUUUUUAUUUCGUGCAUUUAUUUAUGAUAUUUAUCGUCAAUUACAAAAAUCUCAAUCUAAGCGUCAUUUGCAAGUUUAUCGAAGUCAACUAAUGACGAUCGAUGAGUUAGAUGGUCUUAAAAAUAAUAUUAGUCAAUUCAUCUCUAUAAAUUCAAUGUUUUCCACUAGUAAACAACGCACAACAGCUCUCUUCUAUUUGGGUGAUAUAACUACACAGAUUGAUUCUGAACGAGUAUUAUUUGAAAUUGAUGCUGAUCCUAAGACAGUCACUACAAAACCAUUUGCUAAUAUCAGUAAACAUAGUCAUUUUCCAGAUGAAUCAGAAGUUCUCUUUAUGAUUGGUUCUAUUUUUCGUCUUAAUAGUAUUGAUCGUAAUGAUGAUCAAAUAUGGAUCAUUAAGAUGACUUUGUGUAAUGAUGAUGAACAUGAUUUGAAACAAGUUCUUAUGUAUAUGAAACAACAAAUUGAAAGUGAAGAGACAAAUCUUCAAACAUUAGGAAAAUUAUUAUGCGAAAUGGGUGAAUUUGAUUUAGCCGAAGAAUAUUUAACUCGUUUGUUGAACCAACUUCCAUCGAAUGACCCAUUACAUAUCAGUUUAUAUGAAGACCUUGCUAAGCUCGCAUCACAGAGACGUAAACUUAAUAUGAGUAUAGAAUGGCGUCAAAAAUUACUGACAUUCAAAGAGGAAAAUUCAUUAGCUACCAAUGUUAGUGUUAAUAAAACAAACAAUUCUAUUGGUAAGUUUAUUCGUCAAAAACUAUUCGCAUUGAAAAAGCCACAUCAAUUAAUUGCCAAUCCCAAUAUGAAUAAAACAAACGAUUCUAUCGGUCAAUCAAUCCCCGUCAAUCAUAUUAAUAUCAAUACAAAAUGGAAACAACAUGGAACUACUAUUGCUGGAGGAAAUCAAAUAGGCAAUCAAUUAAAUCAACUCUCUUGUCCUGAAGGUAUCUAUGUUGAUAAUGAUCAUCAAACUAUUUUUAUUGCUGAUUAUUGGAAUCAACGUAUUGUUGAAUGGAAAUACGGAGCGAAGAAGGGUCAAGUUGUUGCAGGUGAAAAUGGGCAGGGAAGUCGAAGUGACCAAUUGAACAACCCGACAGAUGUGAUUGUUGAUAAAAAGAAUGAUUCUCUCAUCAUUUGUGAUAAAGACAACAGACGAGUGGUACGAUGGUCCCUUCUAAAUGGUAGAAAUGGAGAAACAGUCAUUUCUGACAUUGAUUGUUCUCGUCUAACAAUGGAUAAGAAUGGAGAUCUUUAUGUCUCCGACUAUAAGAAGAAUGAAGUAAGAAAAUGGAAACACGAGAAGAAAGAAGGAACAAUAGUAGCAGGUGGACGUAGAAAAGGAAAUCAUCGUAAUCAACUCGAUAAUCCUACUGGUAUCUUCGUUGAUGAAGAUCAUUCAGUUUAUGUAUCGGAUACAAACAAUCAUCGUGUGAUGAAAUGGAUGAAAGGUGCAAAAGAAGGUAUUGUUGUUGCGGGUGGAAAAGGUAGAGGGAAUAGUUUGGCACAAUUGUCUAGUCCUCAAGGAGUGAUUGUCGAUCAUUUAGGUAAUGUUUAUGUGGGUGACUGGGAUAAUCAUCGAAUAAUGCGUUGGUGUAAAGGAUCUAAGGAAGGUAGUGUUGUUGUUGGUGAAAAUGAAACAGGAGAACAGCCGAAUCAGUUCAUUUGUUCCACAAGCUUAUCAUUCGAUGUUCAUGGCAAUCUCUAUGUUGUCGAUUAUCUCAAUCAUCGAAUACAAAAAUUUGAUAUUGAUUUGAAUUAA